UGCACCGCCACCCCCCCCCCCUCCGCCAGUGUACUCCUCCCCCCCUGAGUGUGUGCCCUCUCUCCAUCCCCCUCCUCGCGCACCCACACACACACCAUGUCAAUCGGAACCCCCACCGCCGCCCUUCGGCGCCUCAUGACCGAGUAUCGAGAUCUGACCAUCCACCCCCCUCCGGGCAUCACGGCCGGACCGGUGGACGAGAGUAAUUUCUUCGAGUGGGAGGCCAUUAUUUCCGGCCCCGCUGGCACUCCCUUUGAGGGCGGCCUGUUUACCGCCACUCUGACCUUCCCCAGCGACUACCCGCUGAGUCCACCGAAGAUGCGCUUCACCGGCGAGAUGUUCCACCCAAAUGUCUACUCCGAUGGCCGGGUGUGCAUUUCCAUCCUCCAUCCCCCUGGUGAUGAUCCUCACAAUUAUGAGCAGAGCUCCGAGCGCUGGUCGCCCGUCCAAUCCGUCGAGAAGAUUCUCCUGAGUGUGCUCAGCAUGCUGGCCGAGCCGAAUGAUGAGAGCAGUGCCAAUGUCGAUGCCGCUAAGGUCUGGCGCUCCAGCCGCGAGGAGUAUGACAGCCGUAUUCGCGCCAUUGCCCGGCGUAGUCUCGGCUUCUGAGUGGGGGGCUUUGUUGCGCAGCGAGCGUGCAUGCGUUCCCCCGCCUCGCCCCCCCCCCUCUCUCUCCCUUUCUCCUUUUUUUGUGGCAUAUACACGAAAACACCGAAGAGGGGCCUAUGUGCCCACUCCUUUGCUCUCCCCCUCUCUCCCUCUCUCUCUCUGUCUCCCCAAAGCCACGCAGUGUGUCUCUUGUCCCCAAACCCCCGCAAUAAAGCUGAGCAGCAGCACUCGCUGUAUGUCCCCAUAAAAAAAAUGCCGCAAUACAAAAGCCACUUUCCCUCGCCCCAUGCAUUGCUACGUAGCAAAUACACAGCAGGAAAG